ACGCCACUCAACAUCCGACGCUCUCUGCUGCUGCUACUAACUCGCUGUACGGAGUACAUGCUGCACAGAACUGUACUAUAAUACCUCUACCUUAUAUUAGGUAUGGUAUUCCCAUGUGCCGCCUCUCAUUAAUGCGGGACAAUGGGGGCGGAUGGCGACGCUGGUGCGAUGCAUCCUAUCCUGCACCCAGCAGGUAUCUAUCUGGCAUCGUACGAGUAUUAUAUUACUAGGUACGAGGUGCUGCUGAUACCUAGCACCAUGCGCUUGCAAGUACCAUACAUGCUAGUAGUAGUGCUCCUCCGUGUUGACGAGAUGCGGGAAUUUAUCCUUGAGCCUCCUGAUAGGCACUCAAAGUGCCCUCCAGCGCUGCCCGUGCAUCCGCCGAGUUGCCACUGGCCCGCCCAAGCCGCGUUUGCCUGCUGCGCUGCCACACCAACGAGACGCUGGCGGCAAAAUACAUGUAGAUCGUCGUCCCAAGUGCCAUGUGUCUUUUCCCGAGUUUGCUCUGGCUUCAGCGAGCGUUGCUGCAUGCCGUUUGCCGGCCACACCCGCGCUGCACCACAGCGUUUGCCUGCGGAUCACGGCAUGUCUCAGCGUCCUUUCCAUCUCCUCUCCCGCCAUGGCAUUCUGGACUUUCCGUUCCCACAUACUGUACAACGUCUCGGUGUCAACGCUGGCUGCACGUGAUCCCUGUCUCUGCUCUGGCAUCCUGUUCGCCUCCAGACGCUGCAAAUGGCCAUGAUUGGCCUCUGUUGAGGCGGCUUGGCUCGGUCAAUUCGGGCGCCAAC